AUGGGUUUGAUCCGUGAUACCAUCGGCGCAGCCCUUGGUGCCGACCAAGUGAACAAUGGGUUCAACGGUCCGAAAUUACCUUUUGUCAACAAGAGCAGCCGCGACAUAAGACGCCAAACACCAUCCCCAUCCUCGCGCCAAGAAUACGUCUCUAGCGCCAACUAUCAAGAUGAAAGAGCACUGUACUCACAAGACGACAUGCAGAGCCGCAUGUCAAGACAGCAGAGGUACAGCGACUAUCAAGAUCGAGCCCCAGCCUUACCUCCCCGCUGCCAACCUCCCCCCUAUGCCCAGGAUACUCGAGACAUGUACCAAGAACAGUCUUACGACGGUCAAAUUUAUGAUGGACAGUCAUUCUACGAGCAAAGCCCCGUCAGAGAUAUGGGGUACCCGGGGGACUUCAAUUUCCGCCCGAUCGCUUUGCCCCAGAUUGCUUAUGGAGACGGACAACCUUUUCUUCGGGGGUACACGAAUGAGCUCGGGCGAUUUGGUAUCUAUGAAGCGGACUUCAUUAGACUGGUUGAUGCCAUCAAUGUUGCCAUCAUUCCCAAUCCCGAGAACCAAAUCUUCCAGAAGGGUGCAAACAUCGCUGGCUGGUUUAUACCUGGCGCCGCCGGAAUCGGCCUCGCAGUCGGACAGAUUGGUGUUGGGAUCGGCGCAGCAGUUGGUCACGCUUCCAUGGUCGCUCGACAUCUAUCAAAGGCCAAUCUUGAUCUUUUUAUACCUAAUGGACUGGAGAUAUGUAUCGCAAAGACGAAAGAUGUCGACGCCGAACUAGGUCUUGACUCGGCUUCCACGCGACAGUCCCUGUAUACGGUGUCACCAGAGGCAAGACGCGCACAGUACGGUGACCUCAUUGCGCCUCUUUCUCGAGUCCUGCCGCCGUUGCAACAGAGGGGUCGCAGUGACCCAAUUGCCAUGUUGGGACGGGGCCUCGCUAGCCGAGGAGAUCAAAAGAAAAUGCAAAAAGUAGAGAAGGAGAUGGCAAAAGGAAGGGGCAAAACCAAAAACCUCGAUGCUUUGGAAGGAGGGCUUAAAUGGCUCAUGGUUCGGAAAGCUUCUCCAAAUGCAGUGGCUCACUGGGAGCAAACUCUUGAUCAAAGUAAUGCUGCCCUACAGCAAGAGGCUAGAGUCGCCGAGCAAAGCAGAUAUAAUCGGAGAAACUAG